GGAGGCACCCCCCCGCCUCCGCCGCCACCAUCGCCGCGGCGGCGGCCACCGCCGUCGUAGCCCCAACCUCGACGGUCGCCGUGGCCCCGGUUGCGUCUGCCUUGGAGAAGAAGACAAAGAGCAAGGGGCCUUAUAUUUGCGCUCUGUGCGCCAAGGAGUUCAAGAACGGCUACAAUCUCCGGAGGCACGAAGCCAUCCACACGGGAGCCAAGGCCGGCCGGGUCCCCUCGGGUGCUAUGAAGAUGCCCACCAUGGUGCCCCUGAGCCUCCUGAGCGUGCCCCAGCUGAGCGGAGCUGGCGGGGGAGGGGGAGAGGCGGGUGCCGGCGGCGGCGCUGCCGCAGUGGCCGCCGGUGGCGUGGUGACCACGACCGCCUCGGGGAAGCGCAUCCGGAAGAACCACGCCUGCGAGAUGUGCGGGAAGGCCUUCCGCGACGUCUACCACCUGAACCGACACAAGCUGUCGCACUCGGACGAGAAGCCCUACCAGUGCCCGGUGUGCCAGCAGCGCUUCAAGCGCAAGGACCGCAUGAGCUACCACGUGCGCUCACAUGACGGCGCUGUGCACAAGCCCUACAACUGCUCCCACUGUGGCAAGAGCUUCUCCCGGCCGGAUCACCUCAACAGUCACGUCAGACAAGUGCACUCAACAGAACGGCCCUUCAAAUGUGAGAAAUGUGAGGCAGCUUUCGCCACGAAGGAUCGGCUGCGGGCGCACACAGUUCGACACGAGGAGAAGGUGCCAUGUCACGUGUGUGGCAAGAUGCUGAGCUCGGCUUAUAUUUCGGACCACAUGAAGGUGCACAGCCAGGGCCCUCACCAUGUCUGUGAGCUCUGCAACAAAGGCUUCACCACGGCAGCAUACCUGCGCAUCCACGCGGUGAAGGACCACGGGCUCCAGGCCCCGCGGGCUGACCGCAUCCUGUGCAAGCUGUGCAGCGUGCACUGCAAGACCCCUGCCCAGCUGGCCGGCCACAUGCAGACCCAUCUGGUGGGGGCCGCCCCCCCUGUCCCGGGAGACGCCCCCCAGCCACAGCCCACCUGCUGAGGGGGACCCCACACCCACCAGGUACUGGUGAGGUUUGUCCAAUGGCGGCAGCGGCGGCGGCGGCAGCAGCAGCGGCAGCAGCGGCGGCAGCAGCAGUAGCAGCCCCUCCCACAGCUGUGGGCUCCCUCUCGGGGGCGGAGGGGGUGCCUGUGAGCUCUCAGCCACUUCCCUCCCAACCCUGGUGAGCUCCAACUUGGUUGCGGGGGAGAGGGGAGAAUGGAGUAGAGUUCCCUGGUACAGGCUCCUCUCCCCCCUCUUUUCCCACCAACUCCUAUUUCCCCACCAACCAAGGAGCCUCCGGAAGGAAAGGAGGAAGAAAUGUUUUCUUAGGGGAAUUCGCUAGGUUUUAACGAUUUGUUUCUCCUGCUCCUCUCUUCUAUCAGACCUGACCCCACACAAACCUGUCCCCUCGGUUGUGUUGAAGUCCCCUGGACAGUGGGCAGGGUGGCAGAGGACACGAGCAGCCACUGCCCGUACCCCCUCUCCUCUCUGUAAGCCCAUGCCCUGUCCUCCCAGGGACUUGUGAGCCUUUUCCCUCGACGGUCCUCUUCUCUCCUUCCAGUCCUCUCCCCCUGCUGUCUGCAGCCCCUCCCCGGGGAGUUGGUGCUUUCUUUUUCCCUUUUUUUUUUCCAGGGGGAGGGAGGAGAGGAAGGAGGGGGAUCAGAGCUGUCCCAGAGGGAAAGCGGUGAGGUUUGAGGAGGGGCAGAAGCAGGGCCGGCAAAGGUUGUACCUUCAUAAGGUGGUAUGGGGAUUUGGGGUCAAGCCCUGAACAUCGUCCUACUUGAGAAUCUGUCAUGGGGAAAAGUCAAGGGGAGCAGAAGGAGGAGCCAGGAGGGCCAGAGGCAGAGAAGAGAUGGAGUCUUAGGGGCCAGGGUGAGCGAGGGGUCCAGGGCCUAGAGGUGCUUCCUGGGGCGGGGGAAUGCAGCCAGUGUCCCCCUCCCCUUUUCCACCCCAGCUCCAGCCCUGGUCUUGUCUUUUCAUCCCUCUUCCCCACGACAGAAGUUGUGGCCCUGGCUAUGUCAUCGUGUUCCUGUGUCCCCUGCAUGUACCCCACCCUCCACCCCUUCCUUUUGCGCAGACCCUAUUACAAUAAAUUUUAAAUAAAAUCUUG